AUGCUUUUCGAAAGUUUUGAUCUGGUUUCUGCGCUGGCUACCCUUGCUGCAUGCCUGGUAUCAUUGACUCUGCUCUUGGCAGUGUCCCAACAGCUGUGGCAGCUGCGCUGGGCAGCCACUCGGGACAAAAGCUGCAAGUUACCGAUCCCUAAAGGGUCUAUGGGAUUCCCCUUAAUCGGAGAAACGUUCCACUGGCUGCUCCAGGGAUCCUGCUUCCAAUCGUCCAGGAGGGAGAAAUAUGGCAACGUCUUUAAGACUCACUUGCUGGGACGCCCCUUAAUCCGGGUGACCGGGGCCGAGAACGUGCGGAAGAUCCUGAUGGGAGAGCACCACCUGGUGAGCACGGAGUGGCCCCGGAGCACCAGGAUGCUUCUUGGACCCAACACGGUGGCCAACUCCAUCGGGGACAUCCACAGGCACAAGAGAAAGGUAUUCUCCAAAAUCUUCAGCCACGAAGCUCUGGAGAGUUACCUCCCGAAGAUCCAGCUGGUGAUCCAGGAUACUCUCCGGAUGUGGAGCAGCACCCCGGAGCCCAUCAACGUCUAUUACGAGGCGCAGAAGCUCACCUUCCGCAUGGCCAUCCGUGUCCUGCUGGGCUUCUGCAUCUCUGAUGAGGAGCUCACCCGACUCUUCGAGGUCUACCAGCAGUUUGUGGAGAACGUCUUCUCGCUGCCCGUGGAUCUGCCCUUCAGUGGCUACAGGCGGGGGAUCCGAGCUCGGGAGAUUUUGCAGAAGGGGCUGGAGAAAGCCAUUCGGGAGAAGCUGCAGAACACGCAGGGCAAGGACUAUUCCGAUGCCCUGGACAUCCUGAUAGAAAGCGGCAAGGAGCACGGCAAAGAGCUGACCAUGCUGGAGCUGAAGGAUGGCACCUUGGAGCUGAUCUUCGCUGCCUACGCUACCACGGCCAGCGCCAGCACCUCUCUGAUCAUGCAGCUCCUGAAGCACCCCGGGGUCCUGGAGAAGCUUCGUGAAGAGCUCCGCAGCAAGGGCAUCCUGCACAACGGCUGCAUCUGUGAGGGCUCCCUCCGGCUGGACACCAUCAGCAGUCUCCACUACCUGGACUGCGUGAUCAAGGAGGUGCUACGUCUCUUCACCCCCAUCUCCGGCGGGUACCGGACGGUGCUGCAGACCUUCGAGCUGGACGGCUUUCAGAUCCCCAAAGGCUGGAGCGUCAUGUACAGCAUCCGGGACACACACGACACCGCCCCAGUAUUCAAGGACGUGGACGUCUUUGACCCUGACCGCUUCGGGCAAGACCGUACCGAAGACAAAGACGGCAGGUUCCACUACCUCCCCUUUGGCGGGGGCGUACGGACCUGUCUUGGCAAGCACCUGGCCAAGCUUUUCCUCAAGGCACUAGCCAUUGAGCUGGCCAGCACGAGCCGAUUCGAGCUAGCCACCAGGACUUUCCCUAGAAUCACGCUGGUCCCUGUGGUCCACCCCGUCGAUGGACUCAAGGUCAAAUUCUUCGGACUGGAUUCCAACCAGAACGAGAUCCUGACGGAGACAGAAGCCAUGCUGGGGGCGACAGUGUAA